UCCCUCCCUCCCUCCCUCCCUCCUUGCCUAGCCUUGAUGUUUUAAAGAGUCUAAUCCAAUGGAAUAUCAAAAGUCAAACACAGAGAAAAGCUCUCCCUCCUCCCUCAAUUUCCCCCGCUUUUAACUUUCUUCUGCAACACCCGAUGGUGAGUAACAGCGUCUAGAUUCAUACAUUCGGAAUUCAGCAACAAUGUGCGGGAUCUUCGCUUAUCUGAACUACAACGUCAAGCGUGACAGACGUUUUAUUCUGGAGAUCCUCUUCAACGGCUUGAGGAGGUUAGAGUACAGAGGCUAUGAUUCUGCCGGGAUUUCCAUUGAUUCUUCUUCUUCUUCGGAUCCAAAUGGACAGCUUUCCUUUUCUCCUCUCGUCUUCCGCCAAGAAGGCAACAUCGAUUCACUCGUUAAAUCCGUCUACAAAGAUGUCGCAUCGAUUAAGUUGAAUUUGGAGGAGCUUUUCUGUGUUCAUGCUGGAAUAGCACAUACCCGGUGGGCAACUCAUGGAGAGCCAUCUCCAAAAAAUAGCCAUCCUCAGACAUCUGGUGCUGGAAACGAAUUCUUGGUUGUUCAUAAUGGAGUUAUUACAAACUAUGAGGUGUUGAAGGAAACACUAACGCGGCACGGGUUCAACUUUGAAUCCGACACUGACACAGAAGUUAUUCCAAAGCUUGCUAAAUAUGUUUUUGACAAGGCAACUGAAGAAGGUGACCAGUCUGUCACAUUCAGUCUAGUUGUGCUUGAAGUUAUGAGGCAUCUUGAAGGAGCCUAUGCCCUUAUAUUCAAAAGUCACCAUUACCCAAAUGAGUUGAUUGCUUGUAAACGUGGUAGUCCGUUGCUCUUAGGUGUGAAAGAAUUAAGUGAAGACAUGCAUAGUGGAGCUCCAUUUCUUGAUCUUAAGUUCAUUUCAGAAAAUAGGCAUCCAAAAGAAUUAUUUCUAUCUAGUGAUGCUAGUGCUAUAGUUGAACAUACAAAAAAGGUUCUGGUGAUUGAAGAUGGUGAAGUAGUUCACCUUAAGGAUGGAGGUGUUUCUAUUCUUAAAUUUGAGAAUGAAAAAGGAAUAUGUGGCAAUGCACUUUCUCGACCAUCAUCAGUGCAACGUGCAUUAUCUUUUCUUGAGAUGGAGGUUGAGCAGAUAAAUAAGGGCAAAUAUGAGCAUUAUAUGCAGAAAGAAAUUCACGAGCAACCUGAAUCUCUUACAACCACAAUGCGGGGGAGACUUAAACGUGGAGGUUCUACCAAAGCCAAGACUGUGCUUUUAGGUGGACUGAAAGAUCACAUUAAAUCUAUUCGACGGAGCAGACGUAUUGUUUUUAUUGGAUGUGGUACAAGCUAUAAUGCUGCUUUAGCUGCUAGACCUAUCAUUGAAGAGCUUUCUGGUGUCCCAGUUACUAUGGAGAUUGCUAGUGAUCUGGUGGACCGGCAGGGUCCAAUUUAUAGAGAAGAUACUGCAGUUUUUGUUAGUCAAUCUGGUGAAACUGCAGAUACUCUGCUUGCCUUAGAGUAUGCCCUUGAAAAUGGUGCAUUAUGUGUUGGCAUAACAAAUACUGUUGGUAGUGCAAUAGCUAGGAACACACAUUGUGGGAUUCACAUAAAUGCUGGCUGUGAGAUAGGGGUGGCAAGUACCAAGGCAUACACUAGUCAAAUUGUUGUGAUGGCAAUGCUAGCUUUGGCUAUCGGAGAUGAUGCAAUAUCCAGUCAAGCCAGACGAGAGGCUAUUAUAGAUGGUCUAUUUGAUUUACCAAAUAAAGUUAGAGAGGUACUCAAGCUUGACCAGGAAAUGAAGGAACUGGCAAAAUUGUUGAUUGCUGAGCAGUCGCUUCUUGUAUUUGGAAGAGGAUAUAACUUUGCAACAGCUUUAGAGGGCGCUUUAAAAGUAAAAGAGGUUUCUCUUAUGCACAGUGAAGGAAUGCUUGCAGGUGAAAUGAAACAUGGCCCUUUGGCACUAGUUGAUGAGAAUCUCCCCAUUAUUGUUAUUGCUACCCGUGAUGCAUGCUUCAGUAAGCAGCAGUCAGUUAUUCAGCAACUUCAUGCCCGUAAAGGUCGCCUAAUAGUGGUGUGUUCGAAAGGAGAUGCAGCUGCUGUAUGUCCUGGUGGAUCUUCAUCUUGUCGAGUGAUUGAAGUUCCUCAGGUUGAAGAUUGUCUUCAACCUGUGGUUAAUAUUAUUCCUUUGCAGUUGUUGGCGUAUCACCUUACAGUGCUGCGGGGUUACAACGUAGACCAACCUCGGAAUCUGGCCAAGAGCGUAACGACCCAAUGAAAAAGGUUCACUAACUUGUUCUUUAAACCAAGUAAAAUGACGAGACUUAGGGUGCAGAGGGGGAUGUGUGUGGAAUUAUCUGAGAUGUUGCAUUGUAAAUUAUUUAUUAUUAGAUAAAUAGCACACUGUUGACAUCAAGCACAACCCAAGUAGAUCCACUUGUCCUGUUGUCUUUGGCUGAAAAUGAUGGAUAGGGCAUGCCAUUAUUAUUAUUUAUUUUCUAUUUGUUUUACUUCCUCUCUGUCACCAUUACUUAAAAAUUGAAAUCAAAUCGCCAUGCUUGCUCCA